CUACUAAGUUUACUUCAAUUCCCUUGUGGGUUUCUUCGUAUAGAGUUGUUAUUGUGCCCUCUUUCGAAGAAAGGAGGGUUACUGCAAGCUCUAGCGAGCCAUUUUACAAGAAGAAGGGGCCAACAUGAAGAUGGCUGAGAACACUGGCAACAAGAGCCACCUACUUCAUAACCAAGUGUUUGAUCUUUCCCUCGACAUGCCUAUUCAAGGCGGCUCCAAGUGCUUGGAUGAUGACGGCCGCGUCAAGCGAACUGGGACUGUUUGGACAGCAAGUGCUCACAUAAUAACAGCAGUGAUAGGCUCGGGAGUUCUGUCUCUGGCUUGGGCCACAGCUCAGCUUGGAUGGAUUGCAGGGCCAACUGUGAUGAUGUUGUUUUCUUUUGUCACUUACUACACUUCUACUUUACUGGCUGCUUGCUACCGUUCAGGGGAUCCUGUCAAUGGCAAGAGAAAUUAUACUUACAUGGACGCUGUUCGAUCCAACCUUGGUGGAAUUAAAUUUAAGAUAUGUGGGCUUGUUCAAUACCUGAAUCUUUUUGGUGUUGCCAUUGGCUACACAAUUGCAUCAUCCAUUAGCAUGAUGGCUAUUGAAAGGUCAAAUUGCUUUCACAGCAGCGGCGGCAAGAAUCCAUGCCAUAUGAAUAGCAAUCCUUAUAUGAUUGGUUUUGGUGUAGCACAAAUUAUUUUCUCUCAAAUUCCUGACUUUAAUCAGCUAUGGUGGCUCUCCAUUGUUGCUGCAGUCAUGUCCUUCACUUACUCAACAAUUGGUCUCGGUCUUGGCAUUGGUAAAGUUGCAGAAACUGGAACUUUCAGAGGAAGUUUGACUGGUAUAAGCAUUGGCACCGUCACCGAAACUCAAAAGAUCUGGAGGAGCUUCCAAGCUCUUGGAGACAUAGCGUUUGCCUAUUCUUACUCCAUCAUCCUCAUUGAAAUUCAGGACACAGUUAAAUCCCCACCAUCAGAAGAAAAGACAAUGAAAAAGGCAUCACUAGUGAGUGUUGGAGUAACAACUUUAUUCUACAUGCUCUGCGGCUGCUUUGGCUAUGCUGCUUUUGGAGACUUGUCACCUGGAAAUCUCCUCACUGGUUUCGGUUUCUAUAACCCAUACUGGUUGCUUGACAUAGCCAAUGCUGCCAUUGUUAUCCACCUUGUUGGAGCAUACCAAGUUUACUGCCAGCCCCUCUUCGCAUUCAUCGAGAAACAAGCUACUGCAAGAUACCCAGACAGUGACUUUAUCAACAAGGAAAUUAAAAUCCCAAUUCCAGGGUUUAGACCCUUCAGUCUCAACCUCUUCCGGUUGGUUUGGAGGACAUGUUUUGUGAUCCUAACCACUGUGAUUUCGAUGCUUCUUCCGUUCUUUAACGACAUCGUUGGUCUCCUUGGAGCUCUAGGAUUUUGGCCACUCACAGUGUACUUCCCUGUUGAGAUGUACAUAACACAAAAGAAGAUACCAAAAUGGAGCAUGAGAUGGCUUUGCCUCCAAAUCCUAAGCUUCGCUUGCCUUGUUAUCACCAUUGCUGCCGCUGCUGGGUCUAUUGCAGGAGUUGUUCUUGACCUCGAGUCUUAUAAGCCCUUCGCGACCAACUACUAAUUCAGUUGAAUCGAAAUGGUAGUCGUCAUUCAUCAAUAUUUACCAAGACAAGGAAGAAUUAUAAUUAGGAAUUUCAGUUGUUCAUUUUCAUGUUCAAUGUUCAUAUCACCUAAACAGUCAUGCAUGUCACUGGUAUUGCUCUUAGUUUUCUGCUGUUUCAUCUUCAAACAAAAGCAGGACAAUGUAUCUUUGAACGUAGAAUCCAAUAAUUCCUGCGUCCUCGUUUAAGCUUAUAUGUAAUUUUGUCUAUUUUCCAAACGCAAAAAUACAAAAUGUCGAGUCAAAUUAUGCUA